AUGUCGAUGCUGAGUUCUGUUUUCUGUCUGAAAUGUAAAAAUAUGUAUGAUCUAGAAACACGUAAGAUGUGUAUUGGAACAUGCAAUCAUUCAAUUUGUGAGAAAUGCUUCGAUAAGAAACUAACUGGAACGUGUCCAAUCUGUGAAAAAGGGAAUUCCUUCGAUUUGAAAAACAUCAAUUAUCAAGCUCAAGAGAUGGUUGGAACCGUAGUGCAAUCCGUGUCGCUGACUGAUUUAGUUGAUUUAAAGUUAAACCAGAAGUAUUCUGGAGAUGGAGAGUGUUCCGAAUGCAAGAAGUACAACGAAAAGCUCCGAGUUUGUGUUGAAUGUGCUAUGCGAUCAGAACUAUUGACAAAAUCAAAAGAUGGAGACUUUGAGUUCUCGUCUGAAACUAAAGAUGGGGAACUAUUGGAAACGAAGAUGCUUUUGGUUCGAAGUUUUGCUUUAUGUGCAAAUUGCGUACUUGAUGGAAACAAACACGAUGGAUCAGAUGGAAAACAACACAAGUUGAUUCCCAUGAUAAACAUCAAAGGGAUGAGUGAAACUUCUUACAACCUCCGCGCGAUAUCUAUUGUUUCAUUUGCAUUGCACAACAUCAAAAAGGAGCUGAGUGAGUGUAAACAUAUGACUCUGGCUCCAACAGUGUGCGCCUGGGUCUCGGAAGGUUGGAAAACUAUAGAAGAAUUUGAGCAAAAAAUAGCAGAAGGCAACGGAGUAGAUCAUGCUUCGAAUUCUUCGGCAGUGAUCACAAUGAUAAACACCGUCAUGGAAAUCUUAAACGGUGUCAGUUGGGUUUAUAAAGAAGUUGUCGAAAAGUGCUUAGCCGAUUUAAGUGUCGAAAUGAAUAAUGCCGAAAGUGUCGACGAAAAACGAGAGUUGAAGAAAACACUUGAAAAGUUGGAAUCGCUCAGAAACUUUUAUGGUUCACGAAAGAAGUUUGAUCUUCGCACGAGUAAAAUUGUGGAUUUAUUUUACAUGUAUCAAUCUGGAACUCUUGGAAAAACGUUUGCAAAUGACAACCGGAUUGAUAAAUCAAGUAUUGAGGAAGCGGUCCGUGAUGGACUCAACGUAACAAAUGAUGUGAGAAGAAUGAUCAAACUACCGCCGAGGUAUGAAAAAUACGCCAACUUUGCUGGAAGUUGUCUUCAGUUGUUCAUGAGAGAGAAGUCCAAUCAACUCGAAGAACCGGAUCUUGAUUAA